AUUUCAGCCGAGUGCCUUCUGGAUGCUGUUGGAACUCCGGUGUUUCACAGCGAAAGUCAGUUUGGUCACGAAGGCACCUGGAUGCGAGACGCUAUUCUAGUUGAAACAGAAGAUUUGUCAUCCAGAAGAUGGGUUUUCGACGGUUAUCUGUCACCUGUGCUCUACGAAUACCGUAAUGAACUGGAUCUGCUGUACAAAAAACAGUCGGCUAAGUACUUCCUCGACUAUUCAGCAACAGGCACUGGAGCCAUAAUAUUCAACGGCAGUUUUUACUAUCACAGAUACGGUUCCCAGAAUAUCGUACGCUAUGACUUGAACAGUACAGAGGAGGUACAGAGGCCACUGCCUAAUGUUGCCUACCAGGUAUGCAUUAUGACUCCUGAUAUACAACAUUGUGCCAAUGUCAGGUACCUCUACGGUCUACCUCAUAACUUUGUCGACUUUGCUGCUGACGAGAACGGAAUAUGGGUAGUCUACAGCAAUACGGCGAACGACAGUCUGACGGCUGCCAAAAUACAGGUCGAAACAUUGGAAGUGAUCCAUCAAUGGUUCAUUGACAUUCCCAAAAACGUAACCAUCGCUAAUACGUUUAUCAUGUGCGGAAUCUUGUACGGAUUAAAGAGCGCCACUAAUUAUGACACCGAGAUCAAUUUUGCAUUCGACCUGUACAACGAUGAAUUUAUCAACAUUACGGUUAACUUCAGAAAUCCGUUUCAGCAGACUACGAUGCUGGACUAUAAUCCGGUCGAUCGUCGCCUGUACUAUUUUGAUCACGGCAAUCUACUGACCGUCCCUGUGCGAACAAAAGGCAUCGAUGAUUGA